UAUAUAAGAUAUAUAAAAUAAUUUCUAUAUAUAAUGUUCAUUCCGCGCAAGGCGCGGAUCUUAACCUAGUCUUUAUUAAUUGUAAACCUUUCCCCUCAACCAGAGACUGAAUUUUGUUUACUACUUCCAUGAAAAAUGCACAUGCACGUACCAUUAGUAAUUAUUAUCAAUCCAUUUGAGCAAAUGAUGCGACGAUAGAACAAAACAAAAAACUGAAAACAUUAUUUUGUUUUAAUUAACAGAAAUCAAAUAUUGACAACACAUAUAUAUAUUUGACCAAAAAGGAAGACAACACAUAUAUGCUCAAGAAAAAACUAGUGUUUUGAUUUUCUUUUCAUAUUUUUUAAUCAGCCAACACUCGUACGUAUUUAACCAGAAGAACAACAAAAUACUUGAAAAACUUUUGAGACAAAACGAAUACUAUGAGGCACCAAAAAUACUUUAUGUCUGAAUUCAGAUACCUUAGCCACUGACAUCGAUCAUCCAUUCAGUCCCCAUUUUGCUCACCAAAAGCCCCACUCAUGUUUUCUCUUCCUCUAUUUUUGUCCCAUUUUCAUAAGAAAAUUUUGGGUCUAAGAAACAUUUUUGUUUAAAACACUGUGAUAUUUCAUGUUAGGUUAAUGAUAUCCGAAUUAAAUAUAUAGAUGUCAUCUUCUCCUCCCGCUAUUUGAUAAACUUUCAGAUUAGUGUUAUACAGUAGUAAAGGGUACAAAAGAAAACCUUAUUACAAGUAAAGUCAGCAAAUGCAACAGUGAGACACCGUUCCGGGCUCUUGGUCGUCGAGGAAAAUUGUGUCACCAACUCUUAUUAUACUACACAUAGAUUGCAACCGAAGUCGGCUAUCUUUUUCACUAUUUGGAAACAUGUUCUCAUUUUCUAAGACAAACGGGGGUAUAAAACUAUUUAUCACAUUUCUUUAAUAGGGCACUAUAUUUGAUAGCUGUAUGAUAUUAGAUUAGACCACAUAAAUUAUAAUAUCUGGGAAGCAAUUAUUGUCGGCAGCCCAUAACUUGUUUGCUUGAUUCACCUUUUUAUUAUGUACUAGGGCCGGGCCGCCCUACGGGCGGGAAGUUAUAAUAAAAGUGAUUUUAUAAUAAUUUAUGAAGUAAUUUAAAAUUAUGAUAGAUUAAAAAAUAUUAUAAACGAAAAAAUAAUGAAAGACUUAUGAGAUCAUUAUAAUUAUUUUUUGUUUUGAAUUAUAAUGACAGUAAAUUUCACUAUUCUCUGAUAAAUAACAUUAUAUUUUUAAUAUUUAUUUUAAUUCAAAUGUUUUGUUUUAUAAUAUUCUUAAUUAAACUAACUUAUUUAAGGUUUUUUUUUGCGAAUAUGACUCAAAACUUGAAGUUAUUCCUAAAGUAAUUCAUGCUUCUUUUUUUUUUGUGAUGUAAUUGUAUAUUCCCUUUGUAUGUAUGUUUUGUUAAGAGAAGUAUAUGUUUAUGGUUUUGAGAAUUUUAGGGUGUCGAAAGAUUAUUUAUAUUUGAGUUAAAAUGUUUUAAUGAGGAGGUUCAUUGAAUGAUUUAAUGUGAUAGUCAAUGAGGAUGCAUGAAUCCAACCGACUUCCAUAACAGUUCCAAAAUUCAACCAAGGGUAGAAGAAGUAGAAUCGAACAGUCAAAUACGACGCCUUCCAACUGAUCUUGAUCGGAAUUCAGCGUGGUCGGUGCAGCAAAUCUUCAUUGGCCGUAUGUUUGAACCGGAGUUGUUAAAACGCAGCAGAUAUGUCUUUCGUUCGUCGACAUUAUUUUUGGAGAAGAAGUCGUCUCAUGUGGGACCCUCUCAUGUGUUACUCUACGGCCCAGAAACCCAAUUAUGUUAAGCCCAAAACACUGAUCUGAAAUAUUUAUUAACAAAAAGAGAAAAGCACAUUAAUAAAUGUGAUUAAGUGAAACAGUGAGUAUCAUCCAACCCGGACACGUGUUGACCUGUCAGGAACCGACUUUAUGAUGUGGCAAAGCAGGAGUGAGGCGAACAUAUUUAUAUAUAUAUAGAUUAGUAAAUUAAAAUUUUAUUUAACCUAUGAUUCAAUUUUUUUUUGAACAACAACCUAUGAUUCAACUAUAUCAAGAUUCUGGCCCCCUAAAAGACUUUUUGAUACUUUAUAUAAUAGCUAGGGUCGGUCCGCGCUACGCGCAGAAUAUGGUUUAAACGUGUUAUAUAUAAUUAUAUUAUUAUAUAUUUUCAUUGCGUGUGUGUUUAUGUUAGCAUUUGCAAAAAUAAUGUAUAAAUAAUAACGUUAUGUUUUUAAGAAUGUUUGGGUGUGGAAAAAUUAUAUAUACUCAGAUUUAUUAUUGAUUUUGAUGGUUGUGUCUAUAAUAAGAGGUUGCGGAAUAUAUCAUAUUAUAUAGGUUGGAUGAAGUUUACGUGGUCUUCUGAUUGUAUGUUUUUAUAAGGCUGAAUCAAUUAUUGAUUGGUCAAACUUGAUUUGCUAUAUUUUGGAAUCUGAAGAAUGAGCUUGUAGUUUUUAUGCUUAUUAUUUGUAUGAAUGGCAUGGGCUGCAGAGAGUUGCAUUUCGUAACAAUUAUGUAUAUUUUGUGUUAGUUUUUGUCUGUUUGUUUAUAAUCAUUUUUUUCAAUAUCCCGAUUAAGUUGAUUUAUUUAUAAAAUUUUGUUCAAACUGAAAUUGAUUUUUUUUUUAUGAAAAGCAAUGGAGACACUGACUGUGAAGAGAUUAGCAUAGCAAAACUAAUCAAAAUUUAAAACAAUGAAGUGGAAAAGUGUAAAAAGAAAAUGUGUCUAUGGUUAUACAUGAUAAACUAUCUUCAAGAACUUCUCCAAUUUUGCUUGAAAUAUAAACAUUCAGUGCAUCUACUUUCAAGAUCAUUGAGCUUGCAACUUCUUGGUGGUAUCAUGAGGAUUAUAUUUGUACUAUAAGACUUCCUCCUCAUGAUAGGAACAGCAUCGUUUGAUUUAUCUCCAGCACUUGUCCGCUCUGGAUUGUUGGUUUGCCACUUUUUUUUUUAACACUGAUUUAUUAUGAUCUUACAAUUAUGAUAUAGGAAAUAUUACAUAGACGAUUCGACAACCGACAAUACUACCUGCCUUAUGAAGACCUACGCCUAACUGCAGCACCUGAACCGUCCUAUGAAGAUCCACGCCUGACCAGAUUUACUUGCACCAUGUUGAAGAUCUCUUGCAAGCCUUUCCUUUGUAGUGUCUGCAUAAUUGGUUAAUAAACCGCUCUCUCCGGGACUUGAAACCUGGAUUUCCUGUAAUCUGCAAUAAAUUGCAUAGUCUGGAAUUCGAACCCCAGACCUGGGUGUAGAAGCCUUUAAACCUUAACCAAUAGGCUACGGUGCUUCCACAAAGAAAGUUACCUUUAGCAUAUUGGUUGGUGGCAGAGAGCUUGAGAUGUUUUAGGCCUUGUUGGGCUUGUUCGACGCAAAAUAUUGCUUGAUUCCUCCAAUAUAAUGCACUUCACCAUUUUCAUGGUUGAAGCAAACUUCCAUCUCUUUCUAUAUAUAAAAUCUUGUUAUUUUGUGAUUAUAAAUAAUCUAAAAAACACGGCUGGGCUUUUAUAUUACUUUCAAUUUUUAUAUAUCUAAAUGAAUAAAGGUUACAAUAUUUUAUAUUUAUUUUGAAUUUAUUUAUAUAUUAAUAUAAUUAAUUAAAAAAAAAAACUGGUGAAAACUGUUUUAAAUUUUAUAGAAAUUCAUAUUCAUUUUUAAUAUUUAGUAUAUAGACUUAUAAAAAAAAGAUGUUGUAUAUAUAUAUUAUUACAUAAAAUAUAAGUUUAGAAUGGUGAAGUAUCAAAUUUUGCUCUUUUUUGAUGAUUUAGUGCAACAUAAAAUAUAAGUUUAGAAUGGUGAAGUAUCAAAUUUUGCUCUUUUUUUACGAUUUGGCUGGACUAUAUGUAUAGAUGUCAAAUACAAAUUUUAGAGAAAAAUAAAUAUCUAAGUGGGAGAAAUUUUAUCAAAGAAAAUAGGUGAUAAAUAGUAAAAAGUAUUUUCUCUUCUUACCGUUAGUCUCAAAUCAAUCGUUGAACUUUUAUAUUGUUGAAACCUGAUAUUUUUUGUUUACCAAAUUUGUAUCUUUUUAAGUUUUUAUACAUUGGAUCUAUUUAAAUAUGUAUUCUUGGCCCAUCUAAGUUACAGAAGUCCAUCGAACAAUAAUAAACCUAAUAUGUAAUUAAACUAACCCACCAUUAAAUAGAAAAAAACCCUAGAUUAAACAUUAUAGUCUGCGGUAUUGAAUCUUUUUCUUUCUCAGCCGCACAAAACAACAUCUCCUAUGCUCGCCGUCAUACAUCUCUGUAAUAUCUUCUCACUGUUAUGCUUUUCUUCUCUACACAAAACCUAGAUCCUCUGUAACCUUCUCUUCUUGCCGUUUUCUAAAAUCUCAAAAAUUUGCUAAAGCCUUGUAGCCCUUGUUUGUCUUCCUUCAAUCAUAAAAAGUUGUUGUAUCUUCUGAUUUUGAGGUGGAGGAAUAACGUCAUGCUCAUGCUCGUUGAGGAAGUGCUGAGAGAUGUGAGAUAACUUUGAAGAUGAUGCUAAAGGGAUGAAUCCUUACUUAUUUAUAGAACAGAGACCGAAACGACAUGAACAGAGACGGCUUGGAAGUUACUGUCAAAGCGCCGGACCAACAUGCAAUUUCAGAGACGGCCUAGCAUUUGGUUGGAUAGCGGCCCAGAGAGAAUUAUCCAUAUUAGAGUGUCUCGUGGAAGCCCAUUUUUAAAAGACACAGUAGAGUGGAUGCAAUAAAAACGCAUGGAAACGGUGAGUUUUGUAUGUUGGGACAGGUGUCACGUUCACAGAGCUUGACUUUUUGAGCUGGCUGCUGAGGUGGCGCGUCCAGGAGAGAGAUAACUCUACUUUAUAUAUAAAGAUAUCUUGUAACAGAGUAUGCGAUAAGUUGUGUACAACAUGAUCAAACACGUCGUCUUUCGUAUUUUAGAAAUUAUAAGUCAAAUAAUAUUCAUCUGACAAAGAUAAAUUCGUUUACAUGUCAAUUAGUACAAGCUUCUUGUACUCAGUUUCAAAAUUUAAAUUAAAUCUUAUAUUAACGAGAAUAAUUGUCGCACAAGUCAAUUCGACUAUUUACUGCUUUGUCAAAGCCUGAACCAAAUAUUGUUCCGUCUAAUAAAUCGAUAAAGACAAGUUUUACCCAAAAAAGUUCUGAUGUGGGGGUUAUGCUUGAGAAAUGAUACUCUUAUUUUUUAUGACAAAAAAAUGAUACUCUUACAAUAGACAGUAUAAAGGUAAUAAAGAUUGGCAUCGCCUACAUAGAUUUCCUGUAGCUGGAAUUUUGUGAUGCAUAAGUACUGAAAAAGUGAUGACCGGUGGUUGGUAAUUGAAUAAUUUAUCUUGUAGACUCUUUUAUAUAUUUUUUGCUAACUUUAGAUGUCUGGCCGAAAUUUAAAUAAUUAUUCAGAAGAUAGAUAUUAAUGAAUAACUUAAUCUUUAAUUUCUAAAUAAAAUUUGAGACAUGGUUUCAUGUCGUCUGAUCAAACAAAUGGCAAUUAGUUUCUAGUAAGAAUCGAAUCCAUGAGAUUCUUUCAUAUAUUUGAAAAAUAAUUAAAAUCAAUAUGGGAUAGUCGCUAGUUAAAACAAGUUUUAUACCUUUUUGUCAAGUAUGGAAUUCUUAACGGCAAUUACUAGAUAGGACAUAGAUAUCAAACAUCAACAUUAGUUUUUAAACAUUUCUAUGAUCUCAAGUAAUAGUUUGUUUUAUUCUUUUUCAUCAUUCGAAUUUCAUUUUAAACUAUCAUAUAUAAAUUGUAUUUUGUGAUAAUAUUGUAGUUCGGUAUAGACGUGUAUACAUCAUCUCUUGUGUGUGCUACUAGUUUAACACAUAUUAUGUGUAUGCAUGUAUUACAUACAAAGAGAUUAAAUUUAAAUGUGUACAUAACGGAGCAUGAAGUAGAGGAUGCAUGGGACCGGACGUGUUCAUGAAAAGGCGGAACGCGCCAAUGUUUCUCUGUUGAUCGGCAACACCAGAACAUGCCCAUGUCACCCGCUCUUUUUUUUUGUCAUUCUUCACUUCCGUUUCUUCCUCUAUUUCAAAUUUGAUGAUUACACCAAAAAAAAAAAAUUUUGAUGAAAACAUGUUCAUCUUCUUCUUUCUUUUUCUCUUAAAAAGGACCUACCACUUAAUGGUAUUGGACGUCACAGAUAUUUACCUACAUCCACCGGAGAAAACAUUAGUAAUUUAACUAAGCAGUGGUAGCUUGAUGAUGAAAAAAGCAUUGGAUGGAGAAAUACAUAAAUUCGUCGGUCCUUUGAUUGGUUUUUAAGUUUAGCUCUUAAUAUUUGUUGUUUAUCCAGUAGUAAGAAUUUUGCCCUAUAUAAAGCUUUUGUAUUUUUUCGUUAUUAUGCAGUUUUGAUUGGUUACAGAAAGUAAUUUGUAAAUGAGAUUUAUAGCACCGAAAAGCGUAUUUCAGAUUUUAAAUAACUUUUGACUUUUUUUUAACGCUGAAUAAUUAUGCUAUUACAAACUAUGAGAAAUAUUACAGAUGAUUCUACAGUAUUUAGUUUAUGAGGAUUCACGCCUGAUUAUAUUAUCUGAGCCACCAUAUGGGAUCCACAGUUGAUGAUACUCUUUGUGUCUUGAUGCAUAUCUCUUUUAUACAUUUUUUCUCUUAAUAUUUCUUGGUGUAGAAAUAUUAAUGAACAUUUAUUUAAAUCACUGGACCAAUGAGACUUCUACAAACAACUUUUGAUUAAGAACUAAAGAAAAAUACUCAAACUCUAGAAAUUUCUACUCGAUCAUUGUUUCUUUUGAAAAAUUGAGUAGUCUCUGAUCCAUGUAUGUACCAAGUCAAUAAAAAGUGUUUUUAAUUUGUAAAUAUUGAAAAAGUUGGGUUGGCUGAAAACAUGUAUACUGUUUUAAAUCAUUUUGAAAAUUAAAUCUAAAAAUUACUUGGUUCAUUUUUUUGAACUAAAAAAAAGAAUCAAGUAAUUUUUUUCUUAUUUGAUUCCAGAGAAUUUUCAACACUUUUUAAGGAAAACCAAUAAUUUAAAUUUCUUGAAUUCAAAUUUGUUUUUCUGAUUUCAAUGAGAAUUUCUAUGUAGCAUGUUCUAAAUUUCAAGCAAAAGUUGUUUGAAAUUAGUCAAAUGGCUUACAAGUCGACAUGCUUAUAUGAGGAUGAAGAAUUAUUUAGAUAUAAAUAAUACAAUAAAUAUAUAGAUAGAAAUUAAACAUAUAAAUAUAAAGAAUACAAUAAACAUUUUGGUUCAAUAAAAAUAUAGAUAGAAAUUAUAGAAGUAUGUAAUAUUUGUUUGGUAAAAUACUGUUGUCAUUACAUAAGGUAAAUGCAUACGUGGAGCUGGAGCGGCGGAUGCCCAUUUUGGAGUCUUAGAGCAUCAUUAUCUCUAAAAUCCACUUUGGAUUAUUUAAAUUUUUUUUCUGUUUUAACAAAAAAUUAAAAAGAAAAUUAAUUGCAGACCGUUACGUGUCAGUGAGACCUGCAAACAGUACAAAAAAACUCUCAACAACCGGAUCUUAUUUGAUGACUAUUGUAACCGGUUUUUAACAAAAAAGGGAGACCCACGUGCUAAGAAACCGAUUUGGGAUCUGCGAUAAUUGUGCCCUUACGUACUGUCCAUGCUCUUGACUUUCCUCUGCAUCCACGCGUUUAUGUUUAGCUUAUUAAUAUCGUGAAAGGGGCUGGGCACGGGAAUAUCUGGGUAUUUAGAGAUAUUUGUAAUUUGUUUAUAUAUUACGGAUAUCAAAUUUUUCGAUUUUUUUGCUCUAGAAAAAUAUAGAUAUCCGAAAAACCAAAUAUCCUAAAAAUAUGUAGAUAGUUGCGGAUAUCUACAAAAUACUUACGGAUAUAUCAUUUCGUUUUAGUUAAUACAAAUAAUCUAGAAAAAAAUCAAACUAAAUUUGCUCUUUAAAAUAUUAUAUAUGACAUAUAAAAUAAAAAAUAAAAAUAUAGUGAAACUAUAAGUUUGUAAAUUUUAAAAGGAAAAUUUUCAUGUUUACCACAUUGUUGGUAUCAUUAUUUAUGUUUACCAUCACUAAAGAUAUAUUUUCAAAAAUAUCUUCUUCAUUAAGAGUCAAAAGACUCUUAUAACUUUGCUCUCUAUAUAUACAAUAAAUAACUAUUUAAAAAAUAAAAAAAAAAUUUUAUGUUAUCAAAUUAUACUUUUUGAGAUUCGAACUUUUUUAUAAAAAAAUAAAUUUUGAAUUUUUAUCAAAAUCCAAAAAUUAUUUUUGAAAAAAUAAUUAGACUUUUUAAAUAUUUAUUUAUAUAAUUAUUAUAAUCCAAAUCUCUACAUUCCAAAAAUCCUAACUCAUCCAUCAACUCUAAAAUCUAAGUCUAGAUUAGUUACUUCUAGGGUUAUAAAUAUCAUUUUUCUUCUUUAAAAAUGAGGGUAAAAAUGGUUAAGUAAAACAUGAAAAGUGGUAUCAUGAAUGUGGUAUUUUUUUGGUAAUUUCUCAUUUUAAAAUUAGUUAUAAGAAAGACAAAUUUAAGAAAAGUUAUAAAUAUCAUAAAAAUUUCUUUUCUUUUUUUGUGUUUAAUACCCUUUUAAGUAAUAAUGUGAAUAUAAUUUAUUAAAUCAUAUGUUAAAAUAAAAAUUAUAUAAGCUUAUACAUUUAAACAAUAUAUAUGUAUUUAUAUAGCUGGCGGAGUGGAGUAGAUAUCAUGUUAUUAAAACCAGAGCGGAACAAAUAUCUGGUUAUGAAAAUCUUAGUAUUUGUGAAUUGUUUCAUUUUUAACAGAUAUUUAUUUUUAGUAUUUAAUUUGUUCUAAGACUUUACGGAUAUCCAGAUUUUUCGGAUUCAAUAAAAGAAAAUAACGGAUCGAAUCAAAUUUAACGGAUAAAAUUCUUAACCCUAAUCAUGAACACGGUUCAGCUUGGCAUACUUCCAAAGAUAAAACAGUGACUAAUGUUGACAAUGUUUGGAUAUAUAAUAAAACAAAAUAAAAAUUCUAAUUAUUUUUCGAUUAUAAUAAAUUUUGCAAAAAAUAAAUUUACAAUUUCACAUGGUUAAAAAUAGAUAAAAGCAUAGUGUUUUGACCAUUUUAAUGAAAAUAAUUAUCAGAAAAUAAUUUCUUUUCUUUUAUUUUGGUAUAUUAUUUUUAAAAAAUUACAAAAUUAUCAAAAUUAUCUAUCUCUCUGUAUUUACUAUUAGCAUUUAACAGUUUUCACCAAAUUUAUAUAAAAAAUUUUGAAACUUUUUUCCAAAAACUUAAUUUUCAAAAAAAAAAAAAAAAAAAAACUUUUUUCCAAAAAAUUAACAGUUAUUCAAAAAUUGAAAAUUAUGAAAAUUGCUAUAACUUUUUAUUUACAAAUAAUAUUUCCGGUUUUCUUGAAGAUAUAUGUGAUUAAAUAUCUUAUAAAAGCUAGCUUGUAUUUUUUUUUUUUUUUUACAAUUGUAACAAUUUGUGUAUAUUAUCGCAUUACCACGAACACGUAAUGAUUAGUGCAAUAUGUAUGUGUGAAAAAAAGUAUAUGAUAAACAACAUCUUUUAAGAAAAAAAGUCCAAAAAUUGAGAAACUGAUUUCACUUUCUUAGUAGAAAUUGAUUUCACUUGUCAUAACUCAAACUAUAGAAAAAGAAGACUCCAAAAUAAAAAGAAUGAACCCAAAAAUGUGAAACUUGUGAGCCUAACAUUUGGCGGUCGCGUGAUGACCGCCGUUGAAAAUGGUGGCCGGCGGCUUCUAUAUUUUGAAACACAUAAACUUCAACAACACCAAACUCCACCCACGUGUUACAUCGUAUCUAAUACCUAUCCCAAGAGAUAUAAUCAGCCUACCUAACUAAUUAACUAAAUUAAUAUAAUAGUAUUAAAUUGAUUAACUUGAUUCACUACGCACAUAGGACUCAGCUUGAUUCACUAAAGAUUAUGAGAAAUUUACUCUCAGAGACACAUUCCAAGUUAUGAAUUACUCUUAUAGACACUUUGACCCAAAUAGACACUUUCUCUUAGUAAAUUGUCAUAACUACCCCUUAUCUAUGUAAAGAAUAACUAUUGGAUAAGUGUCUAACUAGAUCGUAAACCAAGAAACUGAACCAACCGAUUUUCUCAUUUUCAUUAUAACGAUUAGAAAACUAGUGAGGAAAAUAAAAAAAUUUCGAAAUAUAAUAAAAUCUUUUUCACUUUUGUAAGACAGAUCCCCUUUUCAAAAUCGAUUACCCCCAGAUAUGAACCCUAAUUUUGGCUCUUUACCAACUUCUACUAAAACUACAGAUCGAUCCGAACCCUAAUCCACUUUCUCAAAUUCGACAUCUCCAUCACUUUGUUGAAGCUUUAUGUCUCCACCUCUAGCUUUUGUUCGAUCUGAAACUGUUCCGCCAACUCUUCAUACUCGACCAUUGGUGAGUCACACCAUGAAUUCAGAAACUCCAAUCCAUUCUCAAUCAUAACUCUAUGUUCCUAAUUUCAUAGAUAUAUCUAACAGAUUCAUAUAUGGAAAGUUAAUUUCUUGUCUGAUUUUUUAUCUUGGUUCAUGAGGGUAAAAACAGUGGUGGAGGUGGCUACUCGAGAGGAGGAGGUGGUGGUGGAUGCCGUUGUGGUGGAUGUGGAUACAGAGGUGGAAGACGUGAGGAUGAAGAGCUGGUGGUGAUUAUGGAUGCCGUGAUGGUGGAUGCUAUGGUGGUGGAUGUUGAUACGGAGGUGGAAGACGUGAGGAGGAGGAUGUGGUGGUGGAUGCCGUGGCUGUGGAUGCUGUUGUGGUGGAUGUGGAUACGAAGGUGGAAGAUGCGAGGAGGAGGAAGUGGUGGUGGAUGCCGUGUUGGUGGAUGUUGUGGUGGUGGAUGUGAAUAUGAGGUGGAAGACAUGAGGUGGAAAAGGUGGUGGUAGAUAUGGUGUCCACAGAAAAUUUUGUAACAUUUUCACGUCCACAUAAACUGUGUCCACAGAAGUGUGUUCGACCACUGAAUUGUGUCCACAGAAAAGCUUAAUCGUUGUUUCAUGAUAAUGAUGAAUGAUGAAUGAUUUUAUAGAGAAAUUUUACUAAAUGACGAAUUAGAUCCAUAAUUCAUUGAUUCACAAAAAAAUUUCUUCUUUAUUCAAUUUAUAAAUAUCUAAAUCGAGUAUACAAGAAGUUAAUAAACAAUUCUCAUUUUUUUCUUAGACAGACAAAGAAGGCAAUUAUUUUCUAUAACAUUCGAUAAAAUCAUGUUAUCAACGCUUCUCUUGUCUACCAAUUUGUUUGUCCACAUAUAUGGUGUCCACAAAUUGUCUACGAGAAACCUUGUCCAUGAGAAUUCGUCCACAAAAACUCGCCCACAAAUCAACACAUCUCCGGAUCGUUGGAUUUGCUUUCUUCAAAAUGAUCUGACGUUCAUGAUAUAUUCUCAUAAACUCAUAUAUCUAACUUUUUGUUUUAUUGCUUUAUCCUUUAUUGCAAUUAUAAGGUAACUGGUUCUUUUUCGGUUUGCUUCCUUAAAAUAAAUAUAUUUCUCUUUAGUAAUAAUCAAGGUUAUUUCCGUCUCAAUAAAGACAGCUGGCAGGAAAAAGUGUGUCAAAAUUGCUUUGUGUCUUAUAGAGUAAACAAAACUCACAAUGUGUCUUUUUAUGUAAGUCUCUCAAAGAUUAUUCUGAUUACUGCAUACUUGAUUAAACAAUCUUUGUAAUCUCGUUCAUGACUUAUCCCUUUCUUGUCAAGUCAAACUUAUCUUCUUCGUUUCUUUCUUUUCUUUUAGUUUCAUUUGAUCUUUGACUUGGGCCUCCUUGCAAACUAAAUACCUUUCACAUUUUGGAAUAACAAGUUUUUGAUAAUGUGUAUCUUUCUGCAAUUAAUAAUUUCACUUUUCUUCAGGCUGCUGUCUAAAAUUUCCUAAAUUCAUUUUUCAUAUACAACUAAAAUUGCCAAGAAUCUUCUUAAGUGUGUACAUAACUUUGGAACGUUUGAUUUGCGUUCCUCGAUUCAUUUUUCCAAAUUACUAUAUAAAUGAAAUUUCAUUGGAAAAAAAAAAUUUCAUGGAAAACAUAUUUUUUGAAAAUUCUAACCAAGUCAUACUAAUUUGCUAUGCAUGCAUGUGGUAGAGUCUCACUUUAGAUUUCUAUUUAAAAAAAAACAAGCCCAAAAGACAAAUAGGGAUUCCACCAAUUCAUUAAUGAGUCACCUUUUGUCAACAUUCUUAAAUAGGAACUUUCCUUCUCUCUCUCUAUUAUAUCAACUAUAUAUACAUCAUACUUCAUGCUUUCAUAUCAACCUUAAGGCUAAGAAUUUUAUUGAAUUCAUCUCUCACUACUAUUUCUCAGAAUCUGAUAUAUCAAAAGCUUUUCAUGGCCGUACGUUUAGUGACGAUCUGGCUUUUCAUAGUCUUAGCCGUCAUCAUCGUGGCCUCGCCGUCGCCUGUUGUUUCAAGAAAGCUGUUGGAGAUGAAGAAACAAGAGAACUUGACGGUGAGAGAGGAAGAAAAGAGUCACAUGCCUCACGUGACCAAAACCACUACCCUAACUGCUCUGCCAAAGGGAAAAAUCCCAAACUCGACGCCGAGCAAAAAGGGUCAUGCCGCCGUCUCCACCGUGAAACUCCGAUCUCGACAUCUCUCCACCGUUAGCCGGUUUCUUCAAUCCGUUCCCAGUCCCGGUGUUGGUCAUUGAUAGUCUCCGUUAGAUUCCUACUUCAUUUUUCAAAAAGUUCAGUACAUUCUUUUCUCCUAACUAUCAUAAUACGAAAUUUCCAUGAGACUUUACAAAUUGUUUUGUUUUAUUUUCGUUUAAAAGUACAUUUAUUCAGGUAUCCAAAUUUUCCUUGUGUAAAUUAGUAAAAGUUUAUUGUUUUCAAUAUCACACGGGGUUUUAACAUCCCAUCUUGUAAUUAAUUAAUGAAUGUUACUUCACUUUU